GCUGGGCUGCUGAGAAAAAGUUGUGGUUCUCGGAGGAUUGUGGGACGGACGGAUAACAGCUGACAAGCACCGAGCGACAUUCUCGUAGUAGUGGUGUCUCUCCCUGGUCCUUCCCUUUGUCUUCGGGUGUCCCAGCUCCAAGCAACCUAUACGAGUCUAAGUAUACAAACAAUCAAAAGUAUAGCGCAGCUGAGGGAGAGAAAGUAAAAGGUGUCUCGCGAACGACAUGGCAGACGAGGUGAUCAACAUCGAUUUGGCUGAGGCAAGCAACGCAGCUGAUUCGACCCCAGCCGAUGCCAACCAGCCCGUUACCAGCAGUCUUACGACUCAGGAGCUAGCAGAACUAAAAAAGGAAGAAGCCAACCAGCUCUAUGCCUGUAAACAGUACAAACAGGCUCUUGUUGGGUACUCGGAGGUUAUUGCACUAUGCCCUGAUGUUGCCACUUAUUAUAGUAACAGAUGCGCUUGCUACAUGAUGUUAUCUCAAUACAGAGAUGCACUGAAAGAUGCAAAAAAAUGCCUUGAAUUGGACCCUACAUUUGUUAAGGCAUACAAACGUCUUAUACGAUGCUCUUUAGUAUUAGGAGACAUAAUUGAGACUGAGGCUGUAAUAAAUAAGCUAGGACAGCUAGAAUCCUCAAAGCAAUCGAUCACUACUGAAAUCAAUGAUACUCUGCGUCUAAAAAAAUUUUUACAAGAUGCUGCGACAGCUUAUAAUGUUCAAGAUUACCGCAAAGUCGUUUAUUGCAUGGAUCGUUGUUUGGAAAUUAGUACGUAUUGCGCUAGGUUCAAAGUUCAAAAAGCAGAAUGCCUGGCUUACUUAGGAAGAUUUGCUGAAGCGGAAAUGAGUGCUAAUGACGUUUUACAUACCGACAAAUCAAAUGCUGAUGCUAUAUACGUCAGGGGAACCUGUUUGUACUAUCAAGAUAACAUUGACCAAGCAUUUAAAUAUUUCCAGCAAGUUCUGCGCCUUGCUCCAGACCACAAGAGAGCCUUGGAAAUAUACAAGAGAGCAAAGUUGUUGAAGCAAAAAAAAGAUCAAGGAAAUGUGGCUUUUAAAGCAGACAAAUAUCAAGAAGCAUACAAUCUUUACACAGAAGCACUGCUUAUUGAUCCACAAAAUAAGAAAACUAACGCCAAAUUACACUUCAAUAAAGCAACUGUGGCAGCUAAGUUGAGAAAAUAUCAAGAGUCUAUAAGUGAGUGCAAUGAAGCGUUAAAACUGGAUGAGAAUUAUCUGAAAGCUAUUUUGCGAAGAGCAUCAUGUUACAUGGAAAUUCAAGAAUUUGAAGACGCAGUUCGUGAUUAUGAAAAAGCAUGUAAAAUGGACAAAAGUCGGGAAAACAAACGUUUAUUAUUUGAAGCCAAAAUGGCUUUGAAAAAAUCGAAGAGAAAAGAUUAUUACAAAAUUCUUGGUAUUGAAAAGAACGCUUCUAUUGAUGAUAUUAAGAAAGCCUACAGAAAAAGGGCCAUGGUUCAUCAUCCAGACCGGCAUGCAAAUGCUACGGAAGGCGAGAAAAAAGAACAAGAAAAGAAGUUCAAAGACGUUGGCGAAGCGUAUGGAAUUUUAUCUGAUCCUAAGAAGCGUUCACGAUAUGACAGUGGGCAUGACUUAGAUGAAGCUGAAGGCUACGAUUUCCACUCUAUGAACCCAAAUAAUGCGUUCCAAGCAUUCUUUGAGAGUCCGUUUACCAGAGAUUGCAGUAGCGGUUUCAGAUUUGAAUAUGUUUGAUCUUCCAACACUUUUGUAGAUCAUAUCAAAGAUAAUGUAACUGUAUAUUAGUUAUCCUAUUUAACCUUCAUAGCAUAAACUGAUAUUUCGAUAAAGUUUUAUUAGAAAAAAAAAAACGAAAAAUUUGGUAAGUCAUUAUCAGUUCUAAAAGCACUGUAGAGAAGGUCAAAUUUAAAUCUUGCGUGAUGAGCGACUUUUUCAAUUGACUUCCCAUGAUGUAAACUACUGUUUAUUACAAGUGAUAAUCAAGAUUACAAAAGAUGAAUUAUACGCCAGAUACAAAUAUAAGAAUGACACUAUAUUUUACCCAAAAAUUGAAAAAGAUUUGAAUUAGAGUUUGAAAAACUUAAAUAAAAAACAACAAUUAAAUGAAUAGAAACACUUACAACACAGUAAUUUUAAAAAUUUUCAUUUGUAAAACCAGUAUCAAAUUUAUGUGCAUCCCAAAACUAGAAAAAGAAAAAAAAGAUUGACUACUUA